GUAGCGCUCUUUUUGAGAUGUGACCUUGAGAGAUGCAGAAUCCUAACAGUAUUCUUAACUUAGUUCUGAUUGGCUUUCAUCACAGGAAGGGGUCUGUUGUUGAGCUAGUCUAUCCCUCACUCUCAUGUGAUGGUUCUGAUCCUACACAUCUCCCUCAUCCUUGGCGUCAUUUGCCUGCUUUAGCAAUAGCCGAUGGAGCCCAUAACUACACAAAAGAUUGCACAUAUUUCAGCUUACCUUCAAUAGAGAAGAAAGAUGUUGCUGUCUUUGGAAUUGCUUGUUACCGCCAGGCAGACUCGGCUUCGUAUGUUCAACCGAAUCCUGAGAUCACUCGAAACACUGUACAAAAAAGCUUGGUUGUACUAUCGAGAUUUCCACUUUUUAGUUUCAUCGCCCAUCAUCUUACGACAAUAAUUGAUAAUCUGUUUAAAAGCAAAGGUUUUACUCCAGAAAGUCUCCAGAACUCAUAUGAACAAUUAAGUCAUUUUGUAGAUACUGUCUUAGGUGAUCCAGUUUCUUACCAAGAUGCACUAUUUUAUAAUCUAAGUGCGUCCAAUUUUGUUCGCGUUUACAAACGUGACGCAUUAUGUCUGUUCAAAUUACUUUUAUUGGAAAGACGUAUUUUAUUUACGGGAGAUUCUGGCGGAACUCUAUCAAAUUGGAUGUUAACUUUACUCAGUUUGUAUCCAGAUAUGUUACGUAGUGGUUUGUCACAAUGUUCCGUUAUUGAUCCCUCAUGGAUUUCAGAAACAAGUUAUUGGUCUAAUAUGAAUGAUUCCAGUUCAAAUAGCUUUAAUUCUUAUCAGUAUUCAUUAGAGGGAUCAUUAACUAAGAUCAGUGGACAAGUGUCAGAACAGAAUACAGAUUCAACUCUAAAUAAAGAAGAAGACGUUCAGCUUACUUCAAAUGUUGAUUCCAAGAACUCAGCCAAUAAUAUUGAUCCACAAAGAACUCAUAUAAUAACUGUAUCUGACACAUUGCAUACGGAAUCAAAACAAUCUGUAAUAAAUGAGUCAUAUAAAAAAUAUCAAACCAACAAUUUUCUGGAGAAAAUAACUGACGAUUCAAUGUUCAAAUUUUCGUUAAAUUCACCAUUUCCUACUGAUGAUUGGGGAUUUCCUUUAUCUGUAUUUACGAAAUCUUAUUUAGCGCCUAUGUAUAUUCCCCUUGGUUUAAUGGAUAAACUACUAGAACAUUCUAGUCUUCCUAUGUCAUUCAGAUCAAGUAUUAAUUCACCAUCAUCUGGAAAUCAGAUUCUGACUUUAACCGAUCGAUCAGUACGUGGUUUUGUAGCCGGUGCAACCAAUCCCUUAUUGCAAUCAAACAAACAACUAACUGAGGUUUUCGUGUCAUCCUUAUCGCCUGUUAAGGAUAUUUGUGAAAACUACUUCCCGCAUUUGUCUGAACUAACCGGUGCAUUUGGAAAAUCGACCUUUGGAAUAGAAACAGAUUCUAUGUCGAGUCUUUCACUGUCUGAAAAUUCAACGAAAACUUCUUAUUCCAUUAAUGUCGAUAGUGAAAAGAAUACACAAAACACGGGAUCCAAAGUUUCAAAUUUUUCACGACCAUUUUCUUUGCCCAAAAGAUCACAACCAAUCAUUCAAAUAAAUUCAGAAAACAUUACUGAUAAGUAUCCUGUCAACUCACGCUCUAUGCCUGUUCCACUGAACCGUGCAUUGCAACUAAGUCGUACUGAUAGAUUGUUUAUUGAUCAUUUGGUAAUGACUGUCAAUACAUGGUACAGUGCACAAAUAGACUAUUGUCAACAAUUGUCUUCCAAAAAAGGUGAAUUGGUAACAUCCCAUAGCUUUCAUAGAUUAGAUCAAUUGGAUACAGAAACUUUGGAACAGCUCACAUUAAUCCAAAAAACAGCCUUAUUAAGAUUUCCAUCUCAAACUAUUUUAGAUGCUUGGAUACGACAACAGUUUUUAAUUUAUUUAAGAGCAUUAUUAUUAUCUGCUCAAGGUUACAAUUCCAAUGCAUCAGACUUUCAGUCAGCCUAUUUAACUUGUUUUCGUUUAACAAGAAAUUUUUUAAUUUGGCGUUAUCAAUUUAUUCCAAGUCAAUUGUUUACUGUUUCUAAACCAGAACAAAUUCAUCAUAAUACUUCUGACACCCAAUUAAUCAACAAACCAAUAGAUGAUAAUGUGGAAAUUUUAAAAACAACUGGAGAUUCAUAUAAUUCACAGUUGCAGGACUCAUGUACAACUUCACCAGACUCUGUUGCUGCUGUAGUCUCGCAACAUCCUGGACGUAAACUUGCAGAACCUGAUGAUUGGAAUCAAAUUGCUGGUAGUUUUAAAAAGUUGAGCAACAUGGCUGCUGAUCAAGGUCGGAGACUUGUCAGUCAAAGUGUUGCUGGUCUUGUGAAAUUCGGCAGUUUAUUUCCUCCAAUUACUAGGUGAUUUCAACUCGACAUUUCGUUCAUCUUCACCAUCAAGUUUUGUUUGGAAAUUCUCAGAUGCUCUUAAAUCAGUUGUUUCAAAUCCCAUAUCAAUUAGUUCUCCAAUUCUACCACUUGAAACCACAGGUACCAAAGACGAAUCAAUUUCUCCACAAAUCAAUGUUCCGAAAACUCAGAUACCAGAUAAUAAAAAUUACUUUUAAUACUCAAUGUUGUUCAUUGUUGUAGCUGUGAUAUUUAUUGUGAUAUAUUUUACUUCACAAUGAAGUCCUUCUUUUAAUCAUAUUUUAUAUCAAGCUUUAUCAAUCUCAUGUUUUAUUAUUCCCCAUUUUUAUGCAUCGUUUUAUUCUUGUGGUCGUAAAUGCAUUUGUAUGAACGCAAUCUUGUUGUCUGAUUCUUUUACGUCCAGAGUUUUGUUGUACUAAUGUUAUAUUUUGCAAUAAACAUUUGUGUAAUAUGAUAAUAACUUAUCAAUAACCGUAAAUUACUUGAAACACGGGAAUUUACAGACAAGAUCAAAUUGUUACAAAUGUUGCGUUAUUUAUUACAUUAAACUUGUUUGUCU